AUGACGGACGAUGAUGCACAUGACUCCGAGACAUAUUGUCUUGACUUAUGUGCUUUACGGGAUCAUCGUUACUGGUUCUGUACGUCCUGCUACAAUGCGAUUCAACGAGACGUUCCACCGAAGUAUUCGGCAUUGAACGAUGUGGAUGUCACCUUUUGCCAGCAGUAUCCAGAAGCACUGGAAGGUUUAACAUUGACCGAGGAACUGUUGAUCAGUCGAUGCCGUCCGAUAGCAUCGAUCGUGAAGUUGCGUCCCAACGCUGUGCGCUCACCGGUGGCAUACAACCGACUACGUGGCCAUGUCGUCGUUCUCCCUCAGGACCCAGGACCGCUUCUAGACAUCCUACCAAGUGACAGUCUCCGCUUGCAUGAUAGAAUCAAGGUGGUUUGGUUCGGAAAGAAUGCUCCAGCGGUGGACGACCUGAAGCCAUACCUAGAGGUUCGCAAACACGUGGUCUAUACAGCACUCUUAUGGCUUUGCAACCACAAUAAGCUCUACAGCAGCAUUGUUAUCAACAGUGACGCUCAGGAUUCUUGGCCUGACAGCUUUAUUCCUCAAACCCUAUUAGACGCCAUGGUUCACACUGAUGACGACUCACAUGAACGGGAAGGGUAUGCGUUUGGCUCAGCGGCGGAAGGUCUUGAAAAUGAUUUUCAUCAAGCCCUUCCUGAUGAGAUACCGGAUCACAUCGGCAGUGGGUGUGUUUAUACCGACUUGGAAUCCGAACGUCAGCGUCCGACUCUGCACCUGAUUUCAACGGUGAUGGACCUUGAGAGGGAACGGCUACAGUCAGCUGCCACAGUGACCGAAGCGAGUAUUGGGGGACUGCCUCGAUAUAUUGACGAUGUGCCGGUGAUUCGCUAUUCAUCCAACGGCAGAUUAGUGCUGAUGAAUGACUGGCAAGAUGCUGACUAUUUCACUGGAGCUUUCCCUACCUUAUUCCCUUACGGGGUUGGUGGCCAUAUUUCCAAUUCGGAACUUCGGCCGGUUUCGGUCUCGCUGAAAGCGUGGGCGAAAUGGGCACUGAGUCACCACAGUCGAAGGUUUACCUGA